AUGACGAGAAACGCGAGCGAGAAUGGGAGCGACGAUGUGAACGAAAAUAAGACGAACAGUUUAAAAAGAAAACAAAACGUAAACUCCACUCCGUCCGAUUUUGACAUGUUCGCGUUGGUGUACAACUUCCUCCAAUCGAACGGGUAUAAAGACGCGGCGGAGAAGAUGACGAAAGAGAUGAAACGAAGACUGAAGACACCAAAAUCAUUUUCAGAAAAGGAGGAGGAAAAAGAGGAGAAUAAUACGAAGUUAAAGAAGAAGAAGAAGAAGAAACUGAUGAUGGUGCAGAUGUUGAACGCGUUGGGGACCAAAAAUGGAAGUCAAGACGAAGACAAAGAAGCUCUCCUGCCGAGAGUGAAACCGCUGCGCGAAAUCAUGGGAGAGUUUUUAUCCAUGAAAGCGAAAGAGCUGAGAAGAAAGAAAAGCACGAACGAACCGAUGAAGAUGAUCUUUCGACAGUGCGAGGAAGCGUUCGGGAACAUCGCGAUGGAGGAGGAGGAAAAGGAGACAACGGCGGGUUUGCGUAACGACGACGACGGGAGGGAAGGCGUGGUUGGCAUAAUAGCGGCGAGGGGAGAGGACGAAGAUGGUACAGCAGCAGAAGUGUUAGCAGUAGCAGAAGCAGAAGCAACAACAGGAGCAGCAGCAGCGCGGCCGCGACAGCAACGAGUUGAGGUGGAACAAAAUAUUGCCGCGGCGACGAAUACAACAAAUCAUCAGGAGAGAAGAAACAAGAAGAAGCAAGCGGCGCCGCAACGCAAGCACAAGCAAACGAUAUACAAGCAGUCUUUAGACGAUGCGAACGUUCGAGAAAAGAUUGCAGACGUCAUCGUGCGCACGUUGCACAAGAAGACGGGCAGAACGCCAAAUCCUACGCCAACUAUGAAUUCAGCGAAAAGUAAUAAAAACAUCGAACGAGAAGAGCUCGCGUUUUCAGACGUGGAAGAAGACGAAGAAGAAGACGAGUUUGGCCACCACGUCACGGAGUUAGAACUCGAUAAAAUCGCCGAUCUCAUGGAAAAGCCAGAAGAUACGAUGGAAACAGCGAAUGCCAUCUUAGGGUCGCUCAUGGAAUCGACUGAUAACGAUUUAGGGAGAUUUUUAGAAGAUCUCGUCGCGCAAACCGAACACGGAAAUACGAAGGAGAUUAACAAGCUUCCGACGCCGAAAAAACGUUUGUUGUUAAAAGAAGAUUGCAAAGCGGCAAAUUUGAUAGAGACAAACAACGGACAGAAAACUCCGUAG